UCUUCUCACCAAAUUCAAUCAAACAUUUUUUGACCAUCAACACCAUAACUCUCAACACCCAAAACCAAUCUCUCCUCACUUCUUGAACAAUCCAUUUAGCCCAAAAAAAACAUCAAUGGGUUCGAGAUUGAUCGAUACAAGUCUAGCCCUGGUCCUGGUAGCUCUGCUAUGUGGUGGAGCUGCAGCUCAGUCAGGCUGCACUAGUGCAAUCACAAGCCUGGCACCUUGCCUCAACUACAUAACAGCAAAUUCAUCAACUCCAUCAUCUUCUUGCUGCACACAGCUUGGAAAUGUCAUCCAGUCCUCGCCACAAUGUCUCUGUGCAUUGUUGAGUGGAACUGGAUUUAAUUUGGGAAUAACUAUAAACCAAACUCUUGCUCUUUCACUCCCUGGUGCAUGUAAUGUGCAAACCCCACCAAUGAGUCAGUGUAAUGCUGUUGCUAAUGGACCAUCAAGUUCUGCAGCUCCACCAGUAAGUUCCCCUGCCAGUUCACCAUCAGAAUCUCCUGCUAGUUCUCCAUCAGAUUCUUCUAAUAAUGGAACUCCUGAUGAACCUGCAGCAACUACACCACCAACCUCAACUGUUCCUUCAGGGACAGGAAGUAAAACAGUACCAACAACAGAUGUUCCAUCUGAUGGAAGGAUCAUGAAAGCACCACUUCACUUCUUGCUCUUCCUUCUCUUCAUUGCAUCUACUGCUUCCUCUGUUGUCAUAUUCUGAGUUUGUUUUGGUGAAGACAUGUGUGGCCUGUUCAUGGAGUGAAGAGGAUUAUUCAGUUAUUUUUCGUAAGCAUAUAUUUAUGCUAUACUCUUUAUGAUAUUCUUGUUUGUUUGUAUUUGGUGAAGAGGAGUUGUUUUCAUAUUUUGUAGACCAUUCUGAUAUCUUGUACCCAUUUUUGUUUUCCUUUUGAAUUAUUUUACUUUCAUAUGUGUGUGAGUGAUUCUUUUGAGAGAAACUUCUUUCUUUCUUUGUUAUUGGAUGGACUAUUCAUAUGUACCUCAUCAAUAAAGAUUUGACAAAUUAACAAAUUAUGAUACAUGAGAUUUGGUUGUAAGAUGGA